AAGCUACCAAACAAACAAAAACAAUUUCUCUCUCUCUCUCAUAGUAUUAGUACACGUCGACAGGUUUCACGAGAAAAUGGCUUGCCUAACAACCCCUAGCAUUAAUGGCAUUUACUACUUUGCCACUUACAACCUCUCAUCCUCUUUCUCCUCCUACUCUAGGCUCCACAACUGUAUAGAGUCAAACUCUUCAACCACAAACACCAAAACCUCAGGUUUAGGCUUAGAGUUCUUUUUUGUUCUUCUUCUUCUUGUUUUUUCUAUGUGCUCCGCCUUGUACGCUAUUGGUUCGCAUUUCGUCAACCUCGAACUACUCAGAACCAUUACUAUUACUAUUUUAUACGAUACUUUCAAACCCAUAUUUUUUUUAAUCCAGGUGCUUACUUGUAGGUAUUGAUAUUCGAGUUUGGGAUUUGAAGUUUGGUGAGAACCUUAAUUUGAUUUAUUUUGAAAAUGAAUGAUGGGAGGAGACAUUCUGUUGAUAUUCCUAUAUCAAAAACUCUAGUAGCAUUGAGGAGAGUGAGGUCACUGAGGGAUCCAGCAACUAAUUCUAUGAGCAAAUUCUCUUCUUUGGUUGACAAUGUGAAUUGGGAAACCAAUUCGAGGAACGGGAUUUCUUUGCAGUUCAUGAAUGAUUGCCACCAGGGUGGCUCUGAUGGUUAUGGUACUUUGAGGUCAAAGAAUUUAGGCUUAUAUGGAUUGAGAGAGGAUUAUGUUGAUGAUUUUGAAUUAAACUGCACUUUGGGAAAAUCCAAGUUGGUCUUACCUGAGGAAUCAGGUUGGGGAGGAAGGACAGGCCCUCCCAAUAGGACCAAACAGGUUGAAGGAUUGGACUAUUUUGCAUCAAAUCAGGAAGAGGUUUAUGAAAAUAAAUCAUUGAGUGAAAGAUAUUGUGAAAAUCAUCGCGAUAUUGGAUUGGACUUGACAUACAUAACACCCUCCAUCAAUUGCUUGGAGGAUGUUGAUUCAUGCAAUGAACCAACCAUAGGAUCAUCACAAGCAGAAAAAGCAGAUCAUAUUGUGUCAAAACAAAAAUUUCUAUACAAAAAUCAAGUGAAAUCCUUUGGGGCUGUGGGUGAUGUUACAAGUCGGGUAGGUAGUCCAUGUCUAUCUGCGAAUGAUGCUGUUUCAGGCCAUAGUGCAACAUUAUUUGCAAAUGAAGAUGUCGCAGAUCACAGUCAUCAUGGGUGUGGGAUAAGCUGCUGUUGGUCAAGGUCUCCCAAAUUCAGAGAAUCAUAUCUUUCUUCUGAUGUAGAAGAACAUCCCUUGUUAUCUGGGGACAUAGAUGGACCCACUCUUUAUGGAAAGAGGAGCUCAAAGCAGAUUGGUCAUGAAAUCACUCCAUAUUCAGAAACUCCUAGGUGUUUGAGUCAGAAAUUCAGGCCAAAAUCUUUUAAUGAAUUGGUUGGACAAAAUGUAGUGGCAAGGUCUCUUUUGGGUGCCAUCUCCAAAGGAAGGAUAACAUCAUUUUAUCUCUUCCAUGGUCCACGUGGUACGGGAAAGACCUCGGCUUCUAGGAUAUUUGCGGCAGCACUGAAUUGCCUCUCAUUGGAGCAGCAUAGGCCAUGUGGUCUGUGUCGAGAAUGCGUUUUAAUCUUUUCUGGAAGGAGCAGAGAUGUUAAGGAAGUGGAUUCUGUGAGAAUUAAUCGGAUGGACAGAGUUAGAUCCCUUGUUAAGAGUGCAGUCAUCCCUCCAGUUUCAUCACGGUUUAAGGUUUUCAUUGUUGACGAAUGCCACUUAUUGAGGGGGGAAACAUGGUUGACUGUUUUGAAUAGCCUAGACAGCCUUUCUCAGCACGUUGUCUUUGUAAUGAUUACUCCUGACUUGGACAAACUGCCCCGAAGUGCAGUGUCACGGUCCCAAAGAUAUCACUUUCCAAAGAUAAAAGAUACUGAUGUUGCAAACAGAUUGGAGAAAAUUUGCAUUGAAGAGGGCAUUGACUUUGAUCAGGCUGCUCUAGACUUUAUUGCUUCCAAAUGCAAUGGCUCACUUAGGGAUGCAGAGAUGAUGCUUGAUCAGCUGAGUUUGCUUGGUAAAAAAAUCACAAUUACAUUGACCUAUGAGCUUAUUGGGAUUGUUUCCGAUGAUGAAUUGCUUGAUUUGCUGGAUUUGGCUUUGUCAUCUGACACUUCAAAUACUGUAAUAAGAGCCAGGGAAUUGAUGAGGUCAAGGAUCGAUCCUAUGCAACUUAUAUCACAGCUGGCAAAUCUCAUUAUGGACAUUCUUGCGGGUAAAAGUCAGGAAGGAAGUUCUGAACUCAGAAGAAAGUUUUCUACUCGGCACACCUCUGAAGCCGAAAUGCAGAAACUGAGCCAUGCAUUGAGAAUACUUUCUGAAGCAGAGAAGCAAUUGAGGAUGUCUAAGAAUCAAACAACAUGGCUUACUGUAGCUCUUCUACAUUUAAGCUCUAUGGAGUCUUCUUCCUCGGAUGCAAAUGAUUCAAAGUUGUGUUUGAGAAAUGCACGGGAGCAAGAUGGUGAUUUUUGCAGUCCAUCUUGCAGAGGAGAGGGUUCAAAAUAUCUUGCAACUUGUUCAUGCGAUGACUAUAAAUCAAAUAAAUUGGGAAUUCAGGAGGAUUGUAAAGGAACGUUGGAAUCCAUAUGGAAGAAAACCUCAGACUUGUGCCAGUCCAAUUCACUGAAGAAUUUUCUUAGGAAGCAAGGGAAGUUGUCUUCUCUUUGUGUUAAUCAAGGUAUUGCAUUUGCUGAAUUGGAAUUUCACCAUCCUAACGAUACAUCUAAGGCUGAAAAGUCAUGGAAAGAGAUUGCAAGUUCACUUCAGUUUAUACUGGGUUGUAAUGUAGAGAUUAGGAUCAAUCCUGCUUCUUAUGAUUCUGAUCCAAAGUAUGCCAAAGUUAGGAAGCCAUCUUUUAGUUUGUUCAGUUGUUCGCGCAGAACGCAACGGAAGUGUCAAACAUCCACUGAACAUGGAAGUGACUCAGACCAAUUUGAUUAUACCUCUGAAAAAACUAUGAUAAGAGAUAGAGCUAUUCUAACCUCUUCCUCAGAUGGGGGUUCUCAUAUGCCACACAACUGCUGUCACAAAACAGAGGUGGUAAGGACUUUGAGAAAUAGUGAAGGAAAUGCACUGAGCACAGGGACAGCCCCAACCUGCAGAUCAUUACAGAAUGAUAUGCCAAAAAUGUCUAUGUUAGGAGUUGAUUCUUCAAUGGAAGAGGGAAGCAACUGUGGAAGCCAGGUUUUAUUUGUUCAAGAUCCAGAGGAUCAACCAAACUGUUUUCUGAGAACACUGAGGCUUCAAAAGAAGUUGCGCUCAUCAGACUCUUCUCAGAUUGUCUGUUCAGGUAUCGAAAACGAAAACACGCUUGCAUUGUCUAUCCCCAGGAAAUCAUCUGUUGAAACUUGUACUGCAAGUGAUGAUAAUGUACUGAGGAAGAACUCAGAUGUGCUUUGUUGGAGAACACCCACUUUUCCUCAUGAGAAGGGCUGGCAGCCAAGGCAUCCAAGACAAGGGUCCCACUUGAUGGGGUGGGUACUUCCCUGUGCCACUGCUAAGUAGUUCUGCAAUAUAGGACAAUAUGGCAUUAAAUUUUGAUUGCCGCAUAGGAGGCAGGAGCUUCAUAGAUAUUUAUUUCUUGCUCAUUUUUUUUUGAAAUUAUAUUGCAAAACCUUUUGAUGCUCCAUGCGAGCUCUCAUAUAAGGCAACAAAAAAUAUAUAUAGAGCUAACAAGUUCUGAUUUCAGUA